CCCGAUCCGUUCUCCACCAGCCGCGGCGGCGAUGAAGGACCCGUUCGAGGCGGCGGUGGAGGAGCAGGAGUCGCCGCCGGAGUCCCCGGCGGCGCACGAGGAGGACGCAGGCGGGGCCCCCGAGGGAUACGAAGGCGGCAGCGGGUCGCGCGCGCCUCCGCGGCUGCCUCCGUCGGGGGCCGCCGGCUCGGGCUCCGGCGGCGCCGCCGCGGCGGGGAGGGGCAAGGUGGUGCGGGUUCAGAAGGAGCAGGAGGAGGAGGAUGACGAGGAGGAGCACAUGGAGGUCGACCUCGACAAGCUUCCCUCCGGCAGCAGCGACCCGGACAAGCUCGCCAAGAUGAAUGCGAUACUAUCCCAGUUUUCAGUAGACCAGAUGAACCGGUAUGAGUCAUUCCGCAGAUCGGGAUUCCAGAAAUCUAACAUGAAAAAGCUAUUGGCGAGCAUCACUGGCAGUCAAAAGAUUUCUCUACCAACAACAAUUGUAGUAUCAGGAAUUGCAAAGAUGUUUGUUGGCGAGCUCAUUGAAACAGCUAGAAUAGUCAUGACUGAGAGGAAGGAUUCUGGACCCGUAAGGCCUUGCCAUAUCAGAGAAGCCUACAGAAGAUUGAAACUUGAAGGGAAGAUCCCACGGCGGACUGUUCCCAGGCUCUUCCGUUAGAACUGAAGCAUGUCUAUUGAUCCCAGUCGACACUGUGAUGGCCCUUUAUGCUGUCAGACUGGAAAGAAAGAACUAAAUGAGAUGUAUGUCGUCAGCUUUGUGAAAUUGUUCUGUGGUUUCCCUUGCAGCAAGGGAAACGGAGUAAACAGUAUGUGCAAGAUGAAGUACUACGGUACUCCUAACCGUGUAAAAUUCUAUGUAUAAAAUAUUGACCGUAGGCUGUAAUUUUCAAGCUUAUGAAUAGUUGAACUAUGGUACUA